CGAUGAAGAGUGCCGGUCGCUACCGUCCGCUCCUCUACGCUACGCUAAGCAAUGAACACACGCACAUGACGAGCGGACCCGCUACGCACCGGCUUGCGUCUGGAAGCAAAUCUCAACGAAUAAACCGUCCAAACGAAACGCUCCAUGGAUCUAACACAGCAGAUCAACGAGUUGGAGGCCGACUUGGUGGAGCUGGGUUCUUUUGCGGAGAAGGCGGAGAGGAAGAGGGUGCAGGAGCUGCUCAAGCAAGAGCACAAGAAGGUUGAGAAAGAGCUCGCCACCAAGCGUCAACAGCAAGAGCAACAAGCCCGCAGACAGACAGACCCGGCGGCGUCGUCAUCCUCUUCCAAGGCCGUGUACACGGUCAAGAUCACCAAUUAUGCGUGGGAUCAGUCGGAGAAGUUUGUGAAAAUUUACCUCACGUUGAAAAACGUGCACAUGAUUCCAUCUGAGAAAGUGCAAGUCAAGUUUACAGAAAGGUCAUUUUCCGUGCUAGUGAAGGAGCUUGACGGAAAGAAUCACCAGAUGAGCCUUCUCAAUCUAUUGUAUCCAAUUGAUGAGGAGAACAGCAGCACCAAGAUCAAAACAGACAUGGUUGUGAUCAUGUGCAAGAAGAAGGCGGCCAAGAAGUGGGAAUGCCUCACCACAGUGGAAAAGCAAUCCAAGGAGAAAGAUAAGCCCAAGGUGGACGACAACGCCGACCCCAGCGAGGGCCUGAUGAGCAUGUUGAAGAAAAUCUACACAGACGGAGACGACGAGAUGAAGCGAACCAUCAACAAAGCUUGGUCGGAAUCGCAGGAGAAGAAGAUGAGGGGAGAAGAAGGCAUGAUGGAUUUUUGAGUCUCCGCUGACAUUCCACCACUACAUGAGAUCUGAUUGUGACCGAAUGAGAUUGAACUGGCAUGACAUGACCGAAAGAAUAUACAACCACUAUGACUAGGCCGCCAUCACCCGUGUUGAACAUGUUCUAAUUUAGCUUGGGCCAAAGCAGCACGUUCAGAAAAUUACAUUUGUCCUGUACAACAUCUACAAGGCAUCAAAUUAGACCUGAUAUUAAAAAAAAGAAAAGGUU